GCAUUUCUUCACAGAAUCUGGUAUCAUUGUCUUAAUCUUCAUUUAGGGAGUUAUUUCAACUACAUAGUAAUUGUGGCAGCAACCUUUACUCAUUCGUGGUGUCCCUGUGUAAUGGCACUAUAUCUACCUUCGGUUGUAAUUGAACAAUGCUUUGCCUCCAUAUUUAUCGUCGACUAUGAAAAAAUCCCCAGAAACUGGAUCAGCGGAAUCAUUAUUUCUUUGGAAUUUCUCCUAAACUGCAAACUCCUA